UUUUUUUUAAUUCAAACUUCUAAAAUCAAAGCAUUAACACAAGAAUGCAUCUUCAUUAAUAGGCUGGGAGGGGAUUACCUUCUACUGGAUUUUCUGUUUGUUUCCUUGGUCUCUAUUUUUCUCAGUUGUGUUCCCUGAUUGCUUCUUUCCUUCUUUCACCUCAGGCAUUGCUCAUAUAAAUCUUAUUUACAUAGGCCAUGCCCUCUUUCAUUUUUUAACACAUCUUCUUCCGCAUAUCAAAGAAAGUACAGUUCUUUUUCAUGUCACCAGAGUACCCCAUCUAUGCUCUGGAGGCGCUUCCACUGGACUGGGCUAGCCAAGAUAUUUGGGUCAUACAUGAUGUUUGUCUGAACCCCAAUAAUUCAUAUAAAAUGAACGGGAUGUACUUUCCUAGGAAAAGUACAAUUGUGGGGAGCUUACUCUGGAUUAAAGAAAGGUUGUCACACUGAAUAAAUUCUUUUGCAAAUGAAACAGAGACAAGAAUGUAUUUGAACUGUGUGAUCAUGUAGAAGCCUAAAUAGAUUGAAUGAAAUUGCAAAUUGCUUGCCAAUAGAUCCCUUUGAUUAGUAGAGGAAAAAGCAUAUGUUUUAGCCUACUGCCUGAGAAGAUUGAAAGAAUUCUUGAUAUAAAUGAUAAAAAAGCCAUUGCAAGUAUGGGAAGCAUGCUGGCUUUUAAUGGGACAACCUGUUUUCUAGGUUUUUCAUGUUUAAAGCUCCUGAAUGCAUGUCCAAGUUUUGAGAACUUACUGUUGACCAUACACAAAGAGGAGCUUGCCAUGAACUUGCUCUCUGAAGGAUUUGUUGACUGGAUGCUUCAACAAUAAGUAUUAUUUUGCUUUUUUAUUUUCUAAAGAAAUUUCUUUAGAUGUGUUUUUCUUUCAAUAUUGACAUAAAACAUACAUGGUAGGGAAGAUGGUUCAAGGAGAAGAGGCUAGAAGCGAUUGAAUAUGAAAUAUAGCGCACAUAUAUCAUCUGUGCUUUGUUAUGAUAGCAAGAAAAUAUGGUUGGUUAAAAGGAGGAUAAUCAGUAGGAAAUGCAAAAGAAUAGUUCUUAUAAGUACUACAAGAUGCUUAGGUGGUAAAUAACUGAGCCUAAUUUCCUAUUGAUCAUGGUAAAUUGAUGUUGUGGAUGUUUCCAAGGUAUCAAUAUUUGAGGGUAGAUUUUGACUGAUAUAGUUAGCCCCAAUAUUUAAAAAAGAGCCUUAAUGAUGCACUUCAGUGAUCUAACUUGUUGUAUAGUUCUGUAUAGUACAUUCAAAUUUAAAAGCAUAUGGAGUAGACCAGGACUGAGAUUGAAAUCUUCUCCUUCAUGAUUGAUAGAGUUAUAGACUCACAAGGUGGAACAUUGAUGCACAGUAGCAUGAUAGGAAAAAGCUAUCCCUUGUCUCUACAUGGUACAUAUUCUUUGAAUUAUGAUUGAAAGUCUUGCUUGAUGAAAGCCUAACAAUUCACUGACUGUUGACAGUUUGAAGGAGAUAAUUUGAAGUCUAGAUUGGAGAGAAUCUCAAGGCAUACAGAUUCCAAACUGAAAAAAAAAUCCAUAGCAUGAGGAAAUAGUGGUGUUUAUAAGCUGAGAACAUUCAAUGAACUGUAUAGGCCAUUUUACUGGACAAACUGCUGACAUGGGCCAAUGAUUUGUAUGGGGAAAAACAACUUUUUAAACCAUUGAAAGCAUUAGAAUAUAUGACAGAAAGAUCUUAGUACUUUUCCAAUACAAAUGAGAAUGUACAAGCUUUAUUAAGGUAUGUGAAUACCUAGAUACAGUUCAUCCUAUUAGCAAUAGGUUAUUGCUUCUAAGGUAGUUCCAGAAGCCCAUACUUUAGCAAAGAGAUAGUUUUUCAAGUUUAAACCAUUGAGGAAAAUACAGGUUUUUGAACACUGGGAAAUAGCUCCAACUUGAGUUGAGAUAAUCUACCUCCUAAUCAUUUUAUUCUUCACCUGGAUGGUUCUACUGAUCUUUUGACUUCAAGAUACAGAAUUACAUUUAUAGGUGGUCAGAUGCAUAUGUCCCCAAUCUCCCAGGGCACAAAGUCAAGAUAUUCAGCAUGGCAAUGUCAAAACACAAAAAGGAUGCUACAGCUACACUGCUGUUGGCAUAUAUCGGGUCACAUGCAUGGAAAAUGUCUGGAAAAAGAGGCAUGUCAUGUGUACUUUGUACAUAGGUUUUAUUUGACUGCUAGAUUCUAGAGUUAAUGCCUGAAUGGAGGUUACUUGGUCCUUUUUCUUUCAUGAGUCUUAAUUUUUGUUGUUUUCCCCUACCAAUUUGAAGUAGGUUUUAAGUAAAAACGAUAACUUCAUCUGGUUACAGGUUGUAUUACAUUAACUUAUAUGAUGUCAAAGCCUAUGACUGUAAGUACUUCAGUUAUAAUUACUCUUUUUAUCUCUUCAAACUUGGAGUUAAAACUAGUAGGGUAGUGAGGAUAAGGUUGCCUAGUUUUUUAGUGAACCAUAUGGAUUUUACCCAAGGGUAUCUCCUUCAACCAGAACCUUUUAUGUGGAAUCACCAAUCAUCAGCUGAUUCAAAUGUUUGUCAUCACUUGCAAGGCUAUUGGCUAUUGGAAGCAGACUUUCUCCUUCAAAUGAGAAACUGUCUGAGAAGCUGAUGGUGAUAAAAAAGUCAAUUCACAUUAGAGGAAUAUAAAGCUCCUGAAGAAUGAAGAGUAUGUUUUUAAUCCUUUCAUUCUCUGGAGAAUCGUCUUUAUAUUGUGUUCUCUUUGGAGGCCACAUCAGGGCCCUCUGAGACUGGUGAUUGUACACUACUAAAACCCAAUCAGGACAAGAAACCUACAAAUGUUCUUUACAAAAUCUCUCAGGAACAAGACAGAAUAGCAAAAUGAAGGUCCCAAAGGUGGGAGAUCAUGUAGACUUAAGUUGCCUUAUUUCUCUAUUUGCCUUUGAUUCAUCAUCAGUACCAAAAUCAAAACAACUGGCUGACACAAGUCCUAGUUUCUAAUUUCAACUUCAGUUGGGUAACCAUAUCCAGAAAAAAAAAUUAUUUAUUCUAAUGUACGAAUUAAAUUUCAACUUCUAAAGAGUUAUGCAGUUGUCUAUUUCCCAUCUAGUACCUUGACUCAAAAGCAAUCCAAGUUUAACUGAUCCCACACAACAACUGGCAACUGUAUUCAUCAUGUUUAGUAAGUGUAUUUAGCUUUAGACUAGGUUAGGUCUUGCAGAAGCAAAAAUAACUGAAAUGACUUACGAGUAAGAUAUCAGCUAAUUCAAGCUCAUAGUCAAAUUUAGGAUGUUAAAUCUAGUUCUGCACAUCAUGUUUUCUGUCUGCUACAGAACUCCAAUGUUGUGUUUGCUCAUAUUUCUUUAUCUAUGAAUAUAGUCUGAAGCACGAUUGGAUUAAUUUACCAAUUGAUAAUACUGGUCCUAUGAUUCUCAAUCAGUUUUUUUUGUUUCCUUGGUUUUCAUCUAGGCUUCUGGAACAAAGUCGCAUUACUUGUUUCUUCUAUGUUUGCUUUAUGUGCAUUGUUACGUCUUCUAUGAUUGGAUUCAUUUAUUCAGGAUAUAAUCUGAAGCUGAACUACCAUGUCACAAAAUUAUAUUUAUUCAAGCAUUCGUAUCAUCGUACUUUAAGAAACUUAUCUUUAUGGCUGUGAUAAUGUUAGUGCUCUUUCUAACAGCGAUCUGCAAAGAACAUUGUGAAAACUUGUUUAAAUACUACAAUAUUGAAAACUGUUAUUAUUUUUCUUUUUCUCCUUUCUCCUCUCUGCAGGUCUUCUAUCUUCAUCAAAGGGUUUGGAUAAAUUUGAAUCUGUUUUCAAAAUUUCUCGAAAGACCUUCAACUACAUAUGUGCUCUUGUCAAAGAAGAUAUGAUGGCCAAGCCAGGGAACUUCAUCUUUACAAACGGCAGGCCCAUGUGUUUAAAUGAUCAAGUAGCUGUAGCGUUAAGAAGGCUUAGCUCAGGUGACUCCCUUUUGACAAUUGGUGAUGCAUUUGGUCUGAACCAUUCAACUGUAUCCCAAGUAACCUGGCGUUUUGUGGAGAUAAUGGAAGAAAGGGCACUCCACCAUCUCCAAUGGCCUUCCACAGAACCAGAAAUCACAGAAAUAACAUCCAAGUUUGAGAAAAUCCGAGGCCUCCCAAAUUGUUGUGGAGCAAUUGAUACCACGCACAUCAUGAUGUGUUUGCCUUCUGCAGACUCUGCAAACAGUGUGUGGCUUGAUAGUGAGAAUCAUCACAGCAUGAUCUUGCAGGCAAUUGUGGACCCAGAGAUGAGGUUUCGAGACAUAGUUACUGGAUGGCCAGGCAAAAUGAAGGACUCUUCAGUGCUCCAGAGUUCAAAUUUCUUCAAGCUGUGUGAGAAAGGACAGAGGUUAAACGGCAAAAAGAUAGAGCUAGCAGAAGGUUCAGAGAUAAGUGAAUACAUAGUUGGGGAUUCAGGGUAUCCUCUGCUGCCUUGGCUUGUAACUCCUUAUCAAGGGAAAGAGCUCUCAGAAUCCAAAGCUGAAUUCAAUAGGCGGCAUUUCGCAACUAGGAUGGUGGCACAGCGAGCACUGGCACGGCUGAAGGAGAUGUGGAAGGUGAUCCAAGGAGUGAUGUGGAGGCCUGACAAGAACAGGUUGCCCAGGAUUAUUCUGGUUUGCUGCUUGCUUCAUAACAUUGUGAUCGAUUUGGAGGAUGAGGUGCAGGACGAGAUGCCUUUGUCCCACCACCAUGACUUGGGUUACCGCCAACAGAUAUGCGAAUCAGCGGACAACAAUGCUUCAAUUGUCAGAGAUAAACUCUCUCUCUACUUGUCUGGAAGAUUGCCUCCUUGAGUUAAAACUUUUUCUUUCUUUUUGUUUGCUUCCAAUGCUUGAUUCGGGUAAUUCAGGUUGUUGGUUUUUAUUUGUCAUUUGCAAGAGCUUGUCAUAGAUGAUGAACUCCGAUUUUCAUUUCCAUUUCUAGACUGUAAUUGAUUUAGAUUGGAUAGUUAUAAGGCAAUGGCCAGAACAACAAUGCCAGAUACUUUUAUACUAAAACAAACAUUUGAAGACUUGCUUUGUAAUUGCUAGAUAAAUUUACUUAUAGACCCUUGUAGUUGUA